AUGGAUCAAAAUUUGUCAGCCCAUUCAUGUACAACGGUGGCAAGGAUGCUGGUACGGAACAAAUGCGAUUUGAAAAGCACAAGAGAAGUCAGCUUGGACGAAGGUAAAAGGUUGGCGAAAUCCGAAGGAUUGUUCUUCACUGAGACGUCCGCGCUCGAUUCGACCAUUGUCGAGGCUGCAUUCGAGAUCGUUAUCCGAGAGAUCUACAACAAUGUGAGCAGGAGAGUGUUGAGUUCGGAUUCGUACAAAGCCGAGUUAACUAACAGUAUGGUGAGCCUUGUGAAUGAUGAUGAGUUGAAGCAGUCUAAGACCAAGUAUUCAUGCUGUUCUUCAUAG